ACUAAUAUCUGUGGUGUUUUACGUGUAUUACUUUGUAUAAAUACUGCGAUAUUUAUUGGAGGAGACUCUCUAGACUCCCCAAAUAACCCCCAGUGGAGAGAAAAUGGGCAGUGAUUGUUGUCCAUUCAUUUGAGGAGGAGGAGGAGUCAACGGAGCCAAACGGGGGGCCCGGAACAAAAAUGUGCAUCUCCGACUGAAGGAACUUGAAGUCGGGUCGUACUCCGCCCUCAGCAUGCUGCGCGACACCUCCGGAAUGUUUAAAUGGACGGCACGUCGAGGUUGACAGCCGCUAUCAUCACUCACGAGUCCACUCACACCUCCACGAUGGACGCCAACUUCUUAGUCGUCUUCACUGCUGUCCUGCUCGCCUCCGCUCCACCGUCUUCGGCUACCUUGGAGCCUUACGACCUGUUGUACGACGACGCGGUGCGGGCGUUCUACAGCGGCGACUACGGCGGCGUGGUGCGCAUCAUGGAGCGGGCGCUCAGCAGCUACGGCGGACUACGGCGCUCCAGAGUCCGCUGCCGGCUGAGGUGCCAGGACCAGCAUCCGUUCGGGGACGCCGUCUCCGACCUGGCCUUCUUCGACGUGGUGCUGCGCAGAGCGGCGUGCAUGGACGGCUGCAUCGAGCAAGACAUCGGCGUCCAGUCAAUGCAUAAAGUCAGCGAGGAUGUCGUGCAGGACUUCCGCAGGCGGAUCCCCUACAACUAUCUCCAGAUGGCUUAUCUCAAGCUGAAACAGCCAGACAAAGCGGCAGCUGCAGCUCAUACCUACUUCCAAGCCAAUCCAGAACACGUGGAGAUGAGUCAUAACCUGGAGCAGUACAAAGAUGGACAGGGGAUGGACAGGGGAUCAGAGGAUCACUUUGUGGACCGAGAAGCUCGACCUCACCAGCGCUCCUUUAGUGCGGCAAUGAGCUUAUACGAACAAGACGACUACUUGGGGGCCAGCCUUCUCUUCGAGGAGGCUCUGGCGGAGUACUACAAAGCCGAUGUGGAGUGCAGGACCCUGUGUCAGGGGCCACAGCAGUUUGAAGGCCACGAUCACGUUCACUACCGUUACAGUCUAUAUGAAGUGAUUUCAGAUCACUUCACUCAGGUACUGCACUGUGAGCACGAGUGCGUCCGAGAUCUCGCCACCCGGCCGGGCCGCCUGUCGCCCAUGGAAAACUACUUGCCGCAGCACUAUGACUACCUCCAGUUCACCUACUUCCAGAUGGAAAGAGUUGAAGAGGCAUUGCAGUGUGCACUCACCUACCUUUUAUUCCAUGAGGGAGACCAGUUCAUGACAGAGAAUGUUGACUUCUACACAGAGGUGCUGGGACAUGACAGUGCACCACGAGAGGAGGCUGCACGGUACUUGAGGAGGCACAAACAAGAGCUAGAGCUUCUUCUGAUUGGAAGUCAAACCAUGGGUGUGGACUUCACUGAAGGGAAUUACUGGAGCAGCACGAGUGGGAGGGACGACUCCACCAGGGCUCCCUCUGGUACAGACGGUGGAAUGGAGUAUGUUCCCAACGCAGAGAAGAAGAAUGUCAGUGUGGCUGCCUCACAGCAUCUCAAAGAAGGUGGGCCGUUGUUGUACGACGGUGUGCAGCUGGUGUACAACUCGGCUGACAUGAACGGGACCCAGCGAGUGCUGCUGGAUCAAGUCAUAACAGAGGAUGAAUGCGCAGACCUCCGACACCUGGCGCAGGCGGUCACAAUGGCAGGCGACGGCUACAACGGCAGGACGUCUCCUCACACCCCCAAUGAAAAGUUUGAAGGAGCAACUGUACUCAAAGCCCUGCAGUACAGCUACGAGGGCAGGGUGCCCAUGAAAAGCGCCCGCCUCUUCUACGACGUCAGCGAGCAAGUGAGAAGCAUCGUUGAGUCUUAUUUCCAGCUCAACUCCACCCUGCACUUUUCCUACACGCACCUGGUGUGCCGCACGGCCAUCACGGGCCAGCAGGACUACAGGAGUGACCUGAGCCAUCCCAUCCACGCUGACAACUGUCUGCUGGACACCGAGGCGAGUGAAUGCUGGAAGGAGCCCCCAGCGUACACUCAAAGGGACUACAGUGCAUUACUAUACCUCAAUGGAGACUUUGAAGGUGGCGAGUUCAUCUUUACGCAGAUGGACGCCAAAACAGUCACAGCAACCGUGAAGCCCAACUGUGGCAGGGUGGUGGCGUUCUCCUCCGGUGGGGAGAAUCCGCACGGCGUGAAGGCUGUCACCAAUGGGCGGAGGUGUGCUGUGGCUCUGUGGUUCACCUUGGAUCCGCUCUUCAGGGAAAUGGAGAGACUGCAGGCAGAUGAGGUGAUCCAGACCUCGUUCACACAGUCUGUGCUGACUCACGGCCUCGACAUCAACCCCAAAGAUGAACUGUAGACGUAGCCUCAACCUCAUCUGUUUGUUGAUGUUUAUUUAUUGUGGGAUUUGUCUUUAGAUAAAAAAAAAAACAAAAACAAAAAAAAUCUAUUUUUGUACAAUUUUGAGUGCAGGUUCAAUGACAUUGGGAUUAUUUGUGUGUGGGGGGGGGGGGGGGGGGAGUGAUUUUUUUUUGUGUGGGUCUGCACACUCAUGCUGGAGUGUGCUUUUGCUGUUUUUUUGUGUUCUUCUAUGUCUCACUGAUCUGUGAAAGUGUCAAAGGGGGGAUUAUUUUUCCUGCUUUCGGUUGUUGCUUUUGAGUUCAACAUAUUGGUUUUAUGAGAAAAACACGAAAAAGAGUACAUCACUACAUCAAAGAUUACGUACAGGUCAAUAAUACUUGACCAGCAGGUACUUACCAUGUCCAAAAUAGUUUUGUUUUUAUUAUUUCCAUGCCAGUAAUUCUUGUCCUCAAAGUAAACGGUGCACUGUUUCCCCAUUUAGAUUUUAACUAGCACUAUUUUAAAGAGAUGUGUUCUGAAUAUUAUAUAUAUUUAUAAUAAUCAUGCACUCGGUACUUCUGUCUGUCGAGUUAGGGGGAAAAUGUCUUUUGUGUGUGUUUGUAUUGUGUUUAUUAUUUAUAUUUUAAUGCGUAGACAGCUGCUGUCAUGGCUGUCUGCAUUUAAUAUGGGAAGCUUUUUAUCAUAAAAGAUCAAUCAUUUCUGUUUCAAGGAAUAUGAUAGUUUAAUUUGUGUUGAUAUACAAGUGAUGGACAGAGUCAUGCACUGUAAAUUCAAUGGGGAAAAUAUAUAUAUUGUUUGUUGUUCUGCAGGAGAGAUUUAGAGCUUUACUCCAGUUGGGUGAGUUGCAACACUUUUGUUUUCACUGAUAUUUAAUGAUGAAAUGCACAAAAUUGUAUGUUUACGGGCUCUAAUAAAUUAUAGACGGUUA